GAAGCAAAUUAAUAAGAAAAAGGAAAGAGAGACUCAAAGAAGACGACCGUGGAGGUAUUUCUGACCCAAUUGCUAGAUUUUCUGACCCUCCUUAUACGCUAUGAAGAAAUAUUUGAGCAGGUUGAUGGAUUUCGGGGUUUCUGUGUUGUGUUGGGUGAUAUUUUAUGCCCUUGCUCUGGGAUUUCUUUUGCCUUUUAUGAUCAAUGGGAGGAAGAACAGAAAAAGAGCCGUGGGUUUUUUCCACCCAUACACAAAUGAUGGUGGAGCUGGAGAGCGGGUUCUAUGAUGUGCAGUUAAAGCCAUCCAAGAGGAGUAUCCUAAUCUUGACUGUGUCAUCUAUACUGGAGAUUAUGAUGCUUCUCCACAAAGCUUGAUGGACCGAGCCACUGAUCGAUUUGGGGUCAAUCUUCUUUUCCCACCUCAGGUGGUGCAUUUGCAUAAGAGGAAGUGGAUUGAGGAGGAUACCUACCCCCACUUCACUAUGAUUGGGCAAAGUUUUGGUUCAAUUUAUCUAUUGUGGGAGGCUCUGAGUAAAUUUACGCCUUUGAUUUACCUGGACACUAGUGGAUACGCAUUUACAUAUCCACUUGCCCGGAUGUUUGGGUGCAAAGUUGUUAGCUAUACACAUUACCCUACAAUCAGCUCGGACAUGGUUUCUCGUGUACGGGAACGGAAUUCAAUGUAUAAUAACAAUUCUUUGAUUGCACAAAGCAUUUGGCUUUCUCGAUGCAAGGUCAUCUAUUACACAUUCUUCAGUUGCAUGUAUGGGAUUGUGGGUUCGCAUGCACACCUUGCAAUGGUCAACUCGUCAUGGACACUAUCGCAUAUAGAGAAACUGUGGAGAAUUUCUAACCGUAUUAAGAGAGUUUACCCUCCAUGUGAUACUUCAGGUCUUCAGGUGCUUCCACUGGAAAGGCCUAUUGAUAUCCCAAAAAUCAUAUCUGUAGCCCAAUUCCGUCCAGAGAAGGCUCACACUCUGCAACUUGAGGCAUUCUCUCUUGCCAUUAGGAAACUGGACACAGAUUCGCGCAGGCCAAAGCUCCAAUUUGUGGGUAGCUGUAGGAAUGAGGCAGAUGAUGAAAGAUUACAAAAACUUAAAGACAAAGCUAUCGAAUUGAAGGUGGAGAAGGAUGUGGAAUUCCACAAGAAUUUGAUGUACAGGGACUUGGUAACACUUCUAGGAGGUGCCAUUGCAGGGAUCCAUUCUAUGACAGAUGAGCACUUUGGCAUAAGUGUUGUAGAGUUCAUGGCUGCAGGUGCAAUCCCAAUUGCUCAUAAUUCAGCAGGGCCAAAAAUGGACAUUGUUUUAGAGGAAGAUGGGAAACAGACAGGAUUCCUCGCCCUCAAUGUGGAAGAGUAUGCCGAUGCUAUACUAAAGCUUCUGGGGAUGCCAGAAACUAAAAGACUUGAGAUGGCAGCCGCUACAAGGAAGCGUGCAGCCAGGUUUUCUGAGAAAAGGUUUUAUGAAGAUUUCAAGGCUGCGAUCCACCCGAUUUUCUCUCAAACAUUGAGAUAAGAGGUAGAAAUUUCUGUAUACCUAUUUUCAAAUAAGUGGCGGUCGAAAGUAUGCUUUGAUUAGUUGAUCUCAGCUGAUCAUGUCUUUUGUACAGUUCUUGAAAAUAUUGUUCAAAGUUUAACUUAUGACUGGAGACAUUGACAUUUCUUUGAAGAGAUUCAAUUUUUGAAUGAAUUGAAAUUAU